UUUUUUUUUUUUUGAAUUUUACCUUUUGGAAUUUGUCUCACGCUAACAUUAUGUUACUUUUCAUCCAUGUUUGCAUUUCUGGUUGCCAAACAGUUUGAAGAGAGAUUAACGUUUCAGCUGCUGCUUUGAAAAUCUUUAACACUGUAAUGUGAAGGAGUCAGACUACUUUAAAUACAGUUUAGCUCUGAAUUAUUCAAAUCUGGACUAUUUUUUAAUUUAUAUUGGACCAAAAGCUUCCUUCUGACCAGCAAUGCCAUUUUAAAAGUGACAAAAAAAAGUUUUUAAAAAGAUUUUACUAAAAAUGUAAUUCUUUUCUAGCCUUUUUCAGCAAACAGCUGAUCUGUCAGAUGUGCAAAAGAACAGAACAUAAUCUACCAUCAUCUUCUGUGUUAAUACAUUUCCCAAAUGUACACACCACUCAAAUAAUCCAUCCAGUACUAUCCAAACCUGCAGAGAUCAUUAUGCACUGUACUUCUAGACUAUGAUAUGGCAUUUUAUUUUGAAAUAAAUACAGCAUACUGAAUGGAAACACAGGAGGUGCUGCUGUUACACCUCAGUGUUCAUAUGUAGUAAAUAAAAAUAGCAAUAAAACAAAUAUUGCUGCUUUUUAAAAAAAAGAUUCAAAUCUAAUUUAAGAGACAUUUUUGUUCUUUUACAAUGUUUUUUUUUUUGUAUUUUUUUUAAAUGCACAUAUCAGUCAUACAUGAGAGGAUUCUUGAUGGACCUUUCUGACCACAGAGCAAGAGAAUAUAGGAAUAUAGGACUUCAUUCUCUUGCUCUAAUUCCAAGAUAGCUUAAGUGUGGACUGGUGGCAGACCAACACGGUCAGAUGGAUCCACAGGUUUAAGCCACGAUCGGACAAUGAUGAGUUUCUCAGACAGUGUUUGUCCAUCUUCCAUAGUCAGCCUGGCAUCAGGAACGUUGUUUUCUCGAAGAGCAGAGGUUUUGCAAAUUUUCAGAAGUUUGGGGAUUUUUUGCUGAAUUUUUGGAUUUUCUUCAGACAAGGAAACAAUAUUUUUUGGUGCCUGUAAAUGAGGACAGCUGGAGGGUUAACAGGUCAGCCUGUUUCUGUGAAUCUUACUGUAUUUCUGUGUGUUGUUGGUGGAGGACCGUCCUGGAGUUGGAUCCGGCUUUGGAUUGGACAGACAUGUUUGACGUGUUUCCCGGUCUUCUCCUCAUAUGUGGGAGCGAAGGGACCCCCGCAGAGCUGCUCCUCAGAGACGGACAGCUGACAGACAGACAGACGGACACGCUGACAAGAUGAAGUCUGCUCUCUGGAGCCUCCUGCUCUGCGCUGCGCUGCUGCGCUCCGGUGUCCAGGCCACAUACCCGCUGAGUGCAGGAGACCCGCAGCUCAUAGCCGCUCAGAGCAGAAAUAAUGGUCGACCACCGCCCAGGACCCUCAAUCUAGCAAUGCACAGAAGUGAUUACACGUAUAGAGGAGGGUAUCACUACCCCUACCAGCCACCCAGGAUCCCUCCACCGGUAGUGUAUCAUCCUAUUCCUCUGUCUCCACCACUGACUUACCACAGACCCUCAGUCUCCAUGCCGCCUUACCACCAUCCCCACAGGUUCAAUGGGCCACAUAUGCAUCACAUAUUCAAAGGCCUGUCCCCUCCAGUAUCUCACCAUCCCCAUCAUAGAGUCAAAGGCCCGUUCCAUUACAAAAUAAAAGGCCCCUGCCUGACAAAGUCAGACCCGACAGUAGCACCAACACCUGUGGUCCACCCCCCUACCGUCUUACCAGCUCUGCCAAAGACAACAAUGCUGCCAGCUCUACCAGCACCCACAGCAGCACCAGUGACAACCAUCAUGCCAGUGGUGGUGACCGCUGUGCUGCCAGUGGAGACCACCGCUCCUGUGACGCUACCGGUCAGUACCCAAAGCGGCAUCAUCACCACCAUCAGUCCUGUGGAGACAGAGACAGACUCUCAGUGCAGGAGCCGUCCCCUGGACCUGGUCUUCAUCAUUGACAGCUCUCGCAGCGUCCGUCCUGGUGAGUUUGAGAAGGUCAAAAUCUUCCUGGCCGACAUGGUUGACACGCUCGACGUGGGCUCGGAUGCCACCAGAGUGGCUGUAGUCAACUACGCCAGCACAGUGAGGAUGGAGUUCCUGCUGAAAGACCAUUUCAACAAACCUGACCUGAAGAAAGCCAUCUCUCACAUCGAGCCCCUGGCAGCUGGAACCAUGACUGGCCUGGCCAUUAAGACAGCAGUGAACGAAGCCUUCACGGAGCAGUCUGGAGCCCGGCCUCGCUCCAGGAACAUCUCCAAAGUGGCCAUCAUCGUGACGGACGGGAGGCCUCAGGACCAGGUAGAAGAGGUGUCUGCAGCAGCCCGGGCCUCGGGCAUCGAGAUCUAUGCUGUCGGUGUGGACCGUGCAGACAUGCAGUCUCUGCAGCUGAUGGCCAGCAUCCCUCUGGAGGACCACGCCUUCUACGUGGAGACCUACGGAGUCAUCGAGAAGCUCACCUCCAAGUUCAGGGAGACCCUGUGCGGUGUGGACCCCUGUGCCAUGGGACAUGACUGCCAGCACAUUUGUGUCAACAGCAACGCCUCCUAUUACUGCAAGUGCCGGAUUGGUUAUAUCUUGAAUGCGGACAAGAAAACAUGUUCCGUGAAACAGGUGAAGGUGGAGGUGGUGGAGGAUCCCUGCAAAUGUGAAGCUAGACUGGCUUUCCAGAAGCAGACGCAGGCGGCCUUACAGCAGCUCACAGCCAAGCUAGCCAAUGUGUCGGGGAGAAUAGAGCAUCUUGAGAACAUGCUGGGCCGUCCCUAAAGAUUUACACGGUGAGGAAGCCGGAUCUGCUGCCUCCAGUCAGAGCCACGGACCACAGCGUCAUGGACUUCUACUGUUCACCUGCAGACUGAGAGAAGCUGUGAUUCAGAAACCAAUUCCCCUCAAAUAAACUUUUAUAAUGAAGACAUUUUUACAAACACUAAAGGCAGCAUGAUGUGACUCUUUUAGAAACUGCUGUAAAUGUCACUUUUACUAAACAAAGAUGCUCUAUGAACAUAGUGUGAUGUGUAAUAUAUUGUAUAUAGUCAUUUUUUUUGUAGUAAAAUGCCAUAUUGUAUUUACUUUUAACUAGCCAGUUAGUAGAAUUUAAUUGAAAAAGACUUUAUGCUACAGAGUAAACAUUUUUGCAUUGAUUUUCUUUACAUAUUUGGUUUAUAUAUAUAUAGUUACAUCUCUUCAUUCAUUUACCUCUGGUUGAUUAUCUAAGUUUGUAUUAAACAUGAUAAAUGCUUAUCUUUUGUAUCUUUGAAUGUUAUGAGAUGACACGUUUACAACUGAAAUAUGGACAAUAAAAUCCCAUAACAGAGAA